AUGACUAUGGGACUGGGAAGGAUAGGCGGACUUUUGGCUUGUGUAGGAUUGGUUAUUGCACAUGGAGGUGUAGCACAUCAGAAACCUUUAACCGUGGAUCCUAACGCGGAUUGGGGAACUAGACAUAUGGCCGAGGAACAUCACAUAGACAACUUCGAUCCGGGUGCCUUCUUUACGCUCCACGAUUUCGACAACAACGGCGUUUGGGACCAAUCGGAAAUCCUAAAAUUCUAUGGCAUGGAAGAUGAGACUGCAAAAGAUGUGCCGCAUGAAAAGAAAGUUGAUUUGCUGAAGGAGAUAUUACGAUUGAUGGAUAGUAAUAAUGAUGGAGUAGUGGAAAAGGAAGAAUGGGACAGGUAUUCAGGGACUGGAGGUCUGUUGCCAGAUUUUGGGCUCGGGCCAGGACAUCAUUGGGAUAUUGAGAUGGAGUAUGAGAUUCAUCAUUGGCAGAAAUACCAUGAUGAGAAUACGAAGGAAGAGGAUUUGAUACAUCCGGAGGACAUUGCACAUUUCAAGAAGCAUGAUGAAUUGGAGGAUGAAGCUGAUAGAGUUGCGGCUUUGGAUAAGAUGCCCGUUGUUGAACAAAAUAUUCCUGAUAAGUUUAGAAAGGAUAAACAAUGA